UCCUGGCCGUUCCCCAGGGCCAGCAGGCUCGAGGGGGCCCGGCCCUGGCGUCGCUGGCCCGUCUGGAUGAGCGAGAAGGAGCUCCUCCCCGAAUCUUGGGGUCCUCCCUACCCCCGGGGCUCCGCGCUGCCCUCCUCUUGGUAGGUGCAGCCGAGCGCAGCCCACGGCCGGGCUCCUCGCGGGGCUCACCUUCCCCUCUCUGCCUCCCCAGGUGCCCCUCUCUUGCCCACCAUGAGUCUGGAGAUCCAGUGUGAGGACCUGAGCAGCGCCCGCUGGACGGAGAUCCUCCCCUCCAUGAAGCAGUAUGGCGUCAUUCGGCUCGACGACUGUGGCCUCACCAAUGCCAUGUGCGCCAGCAUCAGCUCCGUGCUCCAGGCCAACGCGUCCCUGACCGAGCUCAGCCUGCCCAACAACGAGCUGAAGGACGAGGGGGCCCAGCUGGUGCUGCAGGGGCUGCAGAACCCAGCCUGCAAGAUCCAGAAACUCAGUCUGCAGAACUGCAGCAUCACCGGUGCCAGCUGUGAGCUGAUCCCGGCGCUGCUUCGCACCAAGUCCACCCUGAAGGACCUUCAGCUCAGCGACAACCACCUGGGUGACGAGGGCGUCCGGCUGCUGUGCGAGGGCCUCCUGGACCCCCAGUGCAGUAUGGAGAAGCUGGAGCUGGAGUACUGCGAGUUCACCACGGCCAGCUGCGAGGCCCUGUCGUCCGUGCUCAAGGCCAAGGGCUCGCUGCAGGAGCUGACCCUGAACAACAACGAGCUGGGAGAUGCCGGCGUGGCCCUCCUGUGCCAGGGCCUCCUGGACCCCAACUGCAAGCUGCAGAUGCUGAGGCUGGAAGGCUGCGGCAUCACGAGUGCCAGCUGCAAGGACCUCAGCACCGUCCUCCAGACCAAAGAGUCCCUGCUGGAGCUGUGCCUGGGGGAGAACAAGCUCAGGGAUGCGGGCCUGGCGCAGCUCUGCGAGGGCGUCCUCAGCCCCACCUGCCGGCUGCAGACCUUGUGGCUGUGGGAGUGCGACAUCACCGCGGAGGGCUGCAAGGCCCUGGCCCGGGUCCUCAAGAGCAAGCCCAGCCUGAAGAAGAUGAGCCUCAUCUGUAACCAGCUCGGGGACGAGGGGGCGCAGCAGCUGUGCCAGGCGCUGCUCGACCCCGCCUGCCAGCUGGAGGAGCUGUGGCUGAGGACCUGCGGCUUCACCGUGGCCAGCUGCGCCCACUUCUGCGCCGUGCUGGAGAAGAACCGGUCCCUGAAGGAGCUGCAGCUGAGCAACAACGCCCUGGAGGACGCGGGCAUGGAGCAGCUGAGCAAGAGCCUGACGCACCCCGACUGCACCAUCCAGAGCCUCUGGCUGGGCGACUGCGAGUUCUCGGACGCCUGCUGCACCUCGCUGGCCUCCGCCCUGCUGGCCAACCACACCCUGAAGGAGCUGGACCUCAGCAACAACGGGCUGGGCGACGUGGGCAUCCUGCGGCUGGUGGGCAGCCUGAAGCAGCCCGCCUGUACCCUGGAGCAGCUGGUGCUGUUCGACAUCUACUGGACGGAGCAGGUGGACGAAGAGCUGAACGCCCUGAAGGACACCAAGCCUUCCCUGCGCAUCAUCUGCUGAGGGGCCGGCGAGCACCUCGGGGUGGGGCUGGGGCUCCCGGGGCUGCUCCCCACAUCAAUAAAAGCUCUUUUGCACCCA